CUAAUAAGAAGAGAAAGAGCUCUAACAUAUAGGUUUGCAUUUUUCCCACUCAAUAUUUAAUCAUUUCAUUUUGGAUACAGUUAAAAUACUUAUCCAAUUAGAUAUCAGAUAUAUGCAUAUCCGAUGCCCACCCAGAUGAACGUUUUAAUGGGCUCAUAAUUUAAGGACCGAAAUUGCGAUGUAGCCCAGUCCAAGCUAUUUGGGCCCUGUUAUAAGGGGAAGCGAGACCGACGGUUGGUGCCUGCGAAGUUUGCCGAUGGCAGCCGUUAUCCAUCCCCAAUAUUUCCAACUCCUCCGGUCUAACUUCCCACCAAAACCGCCUCCGCCACCGCUACCGCCACCUCCACCUCUGCUGUGCCUGACCUCCCUUUCUCUCCUCAAUGUCAAACCCCACCACGGCAAUCUCUUCUGCUUCUCUUCCAAAGCACAAUCUCUGCCUAAAUAUCCAAAGCUUCUUUCCCCUCUGGAUUCAAGUCUACUACCCGAUGAUCCUUCUUCGACGCAUGAAUUAUUUCGCCUUCGCUUUACUAAAUUAUCCUCCUUGCUUCAGCUUUCCGUUCAGUGUGGAGAUACCGAGCUCGCCAGCGCUGUGCAUGCCUGUAUUCUCAAGUUUGAGGAAGAUUCCCAUAUGCGUAAUGCUCUAAUUAUAGCGUAUCUCAAGCUGGGUCUUUUUCAAGAUGCUUACAAAGUUUUCAUGGGUCUCUCUUGCCCCGAUGUGGUGUCUUACACUGCUUUGAUUCGGGGUUGUGCAAAGUUGAACAGAGAAGAUGAAGCGGUAAGGGUUUUUAUGAAGAUGAUGACUGCUGGUGUUGAGCCUAAUGAAUACAGUUUUGUUGCUAUUUUGACUGCGUGUCUAAAGUGCUUAGAGUUAGAGUUGGGUUUGCAAGUUCAUGCCCUGGUUAUCAAAACGGGCCAUUUGGAUAGUAUUUUUGUUGUUAACAAUCUUAUGGGAUUGUAUGUCAAAUUUGAUGGGUGUGAGUCUGUGGUUAAGUUGUUCGAUGAAAUGCCUCAAAGAGAUAUUGCAUCUUGGAAUAUUGUGAUAUUGAGCAUGGUGAAGGAGCUAAUGUAUGAUAAAGCAUUUGAUAUGUUUCGUAGUAUGCAGUGCAAUGAUGGUUUUAGAUUCGAUUACUUUACUGUCUCAACAAUGUUGACUGCUUGUGCAGGCAGCAAUACUUUGCUGCAAGGCCAAGAAGUUCAUGCCCAUGUUAUCAAGAUUGGAUUAGACCCCAAUUUGAGUGUGAACAAUGCACUCAUUGGGUUCUACACAAAAUGUGGUACAAUGAAAGAUGUAGAGACAUUGUUUGAGAGAAUGCCUGUGAGAGAUGUUGUCACCUGGACAGAAAUGAUUACGGCCUAUAUGGAAUUUGGGAUGGUUGAUUUGGCUUUGGAGACUUUUGAGAAGAUGCCAGAGAAGAAUUCUGUUUCUUUCAAUGCCCUAUUGGCAGGAUUUUGCAAGAACAGUGAAGGGCUGAAAGCACUCAAGCUGUUUGUCAAAAUGGUGGAGGAGGGUUUAGAGUUGACAGAUUUCAGUUUGACGAGUAUUGUCAAUGCUUGUUCAUUGCUAAUGGAUUCAAAAAUCAGUAAGCAAAUUCACGGAUUUUGCAUAAAAUUUGGUUUUGGAUUAAAUGCUUGUAUUGAAGCUGCAUUGCUUGAUAUGUGCACAAGGUGUGGAAGGAUGACAGAUGCUGAGAAAAUGUUCCAGAAGUGGCCAUCUGACCAGGACAACUCAGUUGUAUGUACAUCAAUGGUGUGUGGGUAUGCUCGAAAUGGGCAGCCCCAUGAUGCAAUUUCUCUUUUCUGUAGGAGUUUAAAGAAUGUGGAUGAGGUAGCAUUGACUUCUGUACUUGGUGUAUGUGGAACUUUAGGGUUUUACCAGAUAGGAGAGGGGAUCCACUCUCACGCUAUUAAAAUUGGGUUCAUGUUUGAUUCAGAAGUGUCGAAUUCCAUAAUAAGCAUGUAUGCUAAAUGUGGCAACAUAAAUGGUGCAACGAAGGUUUUCAACAGCAUGCCUACAAAAGAUGUAGUAUCAUGGAAUGCUUUGAUUUCUAGUCAUCUGCUUCAUAGACAGGGAGAUAAGGCCUUGGCUGUCUGGUCUAGGAUGCUGGAGGCAGGAACAAAGCCAGACGCAAUCACUUUGAUUUUAGUUAUUUCAGCAUAUAGACAUACUAACUCAAAUAUAGUUGAUGACUGUCGGAAACUGUUCAUGUCCAUGAAAACCAAGUAUGAUAUUGAGCCUACUUCAGAACAUUAUGCUGCCUUUAUUGGUGUUUUAGGGAAAUGGGUUCCUCUUGAAGAAGCAGAGCAAUUGGUAAACAAAAUGCCUUUUGAACCUGAUAUUUCUGUUUGGCGUGCUUUACUCGACAGUUGUAGAAUCCAUUUGAACACAACCAUUGGGAAACGGGUUGCAAAGCAUAUAGUAGCAAUGGAGCCCCAAGAUCCUUCAACGUACAUACUUGUAUCAAAUCUGUACUCUGCAUCUGGGAGGUGGCAUUGCUCUAACAUGGCCAGAGAAGAUAUGCGAGCAAAGGGGUUCCGUAAACAUCCUGCUCGAAGUUGGAUCAUUCAAGACAAGAAGCUGCACUCAUUCUAUGCAAGAGAUAAAUCUCAUCCCCAAGCAAAAGGUAUCUACAGUGAGUUAGAGGUAUUGAUCUUAGAAUGCCUAAAAGCUGGAUAUGUUCCAAACACUAGCUUCGUACUUCAUGAAGUUGAGGAGCAUCAGAAGAAGGAUUUCUUAUACUAUCACAGUGCAAAACUUGCGGUAACUUAUAAACUUCUAGUUUCCAAGUCAAGAGAACCCAUUCAGAUUGUGAAGAACAUACUCCUUUGUGGAGACUGCCAUACAUUCUUGAAGCAUGUUUCUAUAGUUACCAGGAGGGAGAUAGUUGUAAGAGAUGCUUCUGGAUUUCAUUACUUCUCGGGUGGAAUAUGCUCCUGUAGAGAUUGUUGGUGACUGAUCCAAAUGUAAUUUAUCCUCCGUAAUGUUUUGGUACAUUGUAAUUUUAUACUUUUCCCUGCAGUUUGGGGUAAGUUAAGAUUAUCCAGUCUGAACUGUACAAUAGAGAUGGUUGCAUGAGAGACUAGCCCAUGAUAUUGGUCCUCUCCAUUCCACCAUCUCUGUAAGACAGGGAACCCAAUGUAUAAUAUGUACAAGUUUCAUUGGAAAUCAAAAUUUUAGCUCUCG